GAAUGGGCCACGACAGUUGGCGACAUGGCGGAAGCGCGACGUUGCGAUGCUCGCAGCCAACAAGUGAGCAGCCAGAUGGCGUUUCACCUCCGCUCUGUGGCCUAGAGGCUAGGACGAGUAUGGCUAUGGCCAUCAGUGCUCAACCGUCUCUUGCCGCAUUCUGUUCUGCACGUUCCACUGGGCCAGCUUGCCGAAUCUGCUCAUCAGUAUUCUCUGCAAUCAGGAUACAAAUACCAAUCCUCGAAGCUCCAUUCCCUUAGAUCACAUCAAAGCUCACACAUCAGGAUCAAUCAAAACUUGACCACCACCUCCAUCAAACCCAGAGACGCUUCCAAUUGCAACUCCCACGAACUAUCGUCAAUCACUGUCAGUUCCCGUCAAAGCUCAAAGAAAGUAAAAUGGCCUCCGCAAUGAUGAUCAACAAGUCCCUCGCCACCAGCGGGGUGGCUCAGCUCAGGAGCAGCAGCCACUUGUCUGCCUCCACAUCCCAGCUCAUGGUGACCCCUCCUGCAUUCUACUCGCGCAGGGCGACCAGGAGAUAUGCUGCCAGAGCUGAGCAGGUCACGGACUCCCCCAACACCACCAAGGUUGAGAGCCCUGAGGCUGCACCGGCUGAUGCCGAUGGCUUCAAGAGCACUGUGAUCAAGGCCCCCACUGGAGGAUUUGAGACACUGCCAGGAGUGAAGGCCAGGGGCGAGGAGUUCAAGUACGGUGAUGGCCAGGAUGCGAACGUCUUCAAGGGGGGCAGGGCACAGGAGGUUCUCAACUCCCGGACUGCCAUGCUUGGCUUCCUCUCUGCCUUCGUGGUUGAGUUGAGCACCCACGAGUCGGUUGUUCAGCAGAUUACAACCAGGGGCGGGGCCUUCAACGUCAUGGCAUUGGCCUUCACCGUGUCCACAGUUCUCUUCUCGAGCUUCGCUCCCAGGGUGCAAGGCCUGAAGGAGAAUGGUUUGGACGUUGAGGCCAAGCCCUCGUGGGGCGUUUUCACCCAGAACGCUGAGCUCAUCAACGGUCGUUUUGCCAUGAUCGGGUUCAUUGCCCUCAUCAUCACCGAGCAGCUCAAGGGAUCUGCUCUGUUCUGAGCUCGCUAAGCUAGCUGACUGAGCAACUUAGGUAUAGAGGUAUAACAGCACAUGGUGAUAAUUUUCAAUAGAGUAUAACUGAGGGUUGAUGCUUUUGAAUAAGGCAGACUGUAGACAACUGUCAAAUUUGCCACAUUGGCAAGCGCAUCCGACCCGAAAGACAAAGGUCCUAAUCUGGUGUAUGUAAAUAGACAAUCAACGUUGCAAGACCGCGGAAAAACGUCCUUCAUGCAAAAAUUAUAUGCUGCAUUGAUCACUACAAUUUCUCCACUCC